GUUGGAUUUUGGCUAAGUUCUUACCCGCCACUGGAAACGCACUAACACCCGAGCGGGUCCCGUACAACAUGUCAUGAGGAUGGCUGUUCUUGAGAAGUCAGAACCCUCUUUCAAGCCAGUGUAUAUUCCUUGUCUCAGCGAGCCCGCGAUCGAAGUAUCAAGGCCUAUUCAGUCAGUCUACACGCAUCACGUGUCGAAAGAGUUAAACCAAGAUUACCGCCACAGCGAAAAUGGGCGAAACAAAGCAAGCCAAGAGUCUACAUCUGGUGGGCAUUGGUGUUGGUCACUCGAUCGCCCCUACCAUGCACAACUUCAUCACCGCCUCCCUGGAUCUACCUUGGACCUUUUAUGCUACCGAAUGCGCGACCAUCGGCUCCCUUUUAGCCUUAGCGCGUAACUCGGACACAGCAGGAUUGGUGGUUACCAUGCCUUACAAAACCUCGAUCAUGCCGCACCUAGACGCGAUCGAUGAUCUUUCCGUUCAGAUUGGCGCGUGCAACAAUGUGAAUCGCGACCCGAAUGACUCCACGCGUCUGCGUGGUACCAACACCGACUGGCUCGGUAUCAAAGGCAGUCUAUUAGAGAAGAGCCCGUACAAUCAGCCGGUUCUGGAUCGACCCGCAUUAAUCGUGGGCGCCGGUGGAGCAAGCCGAGCCGCUGUCUACGCAUUACACACACACUUCAAAGCCUCGGUCAUCUACAUCUUGAAUCGAGACGAGAAGGAAGUGGAAGAUUUGAAAGCUGAUAGCAAGCGACUCCCGCAUCCACCCGAGCUCAUCCAUAUCAUUUCCGACGAAACCGAGAGUCUGCACACGCCGUACUAUAUUGUAGGCACUGUGCCGGACCUUGAACCCAAGACUGCUGAGGAAAUCAAGAUGCAGGCUCUGCUCAAGAACCUUCUCAGUCGUGAGCAGAAAGGUGUGCUGCUAGACAUGUGCUUCAAGCCAAGAAGGACUCGAACAAUCGAAGCAGCAGAAGGUUUUGGUUGGGCUUGUGUAGAGGGUACGCGCGUCAUCGCGUAUCAGAUCGAGGAACAGUAUAGACUGUGGGCCGGCGAAGAAGCUUCGAAAAAGAUGGACGCCGCUGGCGCGCGUGAGGUGUUGCGUGAAGAAGCAGAAAGAAGCCCGGGAAUCAAUUCAUGUUCUUCAUGAACAAGAUGUCUCUUGAGGUAGUAAUAGCGGUUUGAACAAUAUUGUUCGGGGUUAUUCCUUCAA